UUUGUUACUUUCACGCGAGCAGUGCACAUUUUAGCAAAAUGUACAGGCUCUUUAUAUUUGCCUUUGUGAUCGCGGCAGUCGCGUGUCAGCAACAAGAGGGAGCAAGACGAGUUCCGAAAUACGCGGGUGAUCCGAAAACAGCGGCUAUUGUGCAAGAGGCACGUUACCUCAGUGGAAAUGGAGCUUUUGGAGCCGCUUACCAGCAAGAAGAUGGUAUCGACUUCAAAGAAGAAACAGAUGCUGAGGGCAACAGAAGAGGUAGCUACUCCUACAUAGAUCCUACUGGACAAAGAAAAACUGUGAACUACAUCGCCGGCAAGAACGGAUUCCAAGCUAGUGGUGAUCAUAUUCCCACUGCGCCUCAGCCCGUUGCCCCUACCCCUGGAUACACACCCGAUCCUCGUUAUAACUCUCCUGACUACAAAGCACCCCAGUAUAGUGCUCCUCAGCAGUACUCAGCUCCUGUUGCUCCUCGUAACUACGGUGGAAAACCAAACAUCGACGAUGGUCAAUACUAUCCUGAAAUUUACGAAAGCGAAAAUCAAGAUGCUCCACAACAACAAUACCAAGCACAACCUCAAUACCAGGCUCAAACUCAAUACCAGCCUCAACCAGAAUAUCAGCCGCAAUAUCAGACCCCACAAUACAACCCUAACAGCAUCUACCCAGGAGUUCAGCAGGCGCAAUAUAGUGGAAUUCAGACACAACAGUACAACGCGCCACAACAAGCCCAACAAGAAUACUACCAGCCCACUACUCCUCAACCAGCGCGCUUCUUCCCUCCGGGCAAGUUCAGCUUGAACCGUGCGCCCGACGGUUACACUUACUCGUUCCACAAAGUAUAAAUUUUACUUUGAGAAAAGGGACUCGGCGAUUUGUAAUGCUCGAAACGUAAAAAGCUCGCAUCAAUUAGUAAUUUGCCGAGUCAUCAGAGAAGCGCUGCGAGUACGUGCUCGCUUGCUGCGAAAGCAUUUCUUAAUUGUUGUUUGCUGUGAUAUUGUGUACUAAUGGACAAAGUGUUGUUAAUAGCAUUACUAGUUAUGGAAUACAUAAUAGAAAGCGGUUGAAGCAAUAAUUGCAUCUUGUAAAUAAAUUUAAUAUUACUUACUAUUAA